CAUUGUUGUUUAGGCAUGCAUGGUAAUGUGCCUCAGAGUUCGGCUUCUUUGUUAUCAAUGGCUAACGUUUGUUGCUCAAUUGAAUUGGAGCCUAGAACCCUCAAGGAAGGCCAACUCAACCAUGCUAGGGAAGUGGCUGCAGAUGUAGUUCAAAACAUGCAACCAAGUGAUGCCUCCGAUAUAUUCAUCAAGGGAUUGAGAUCUGAUGUUCCAGUUGAGCCGGAGGAGAUGGAUUCCAAGAAUGGAAUGGAGACUGGCAAUGAACACAUGCUUGAAGAUUGCAAGAAGAAGCCUCCAAUAGUUGGAAAGCCAUGUCACUGUGCCACUAACGAUGUUACAGAAUCCCCUCAUGAUCUUCAAAACAAACUCAUUACAGAGCCUCUUUCAGCACCAUUUUAAAUUUGAUCCUUUAUGUUGUAUUUGGUGGGAUCAUGAUGAAUACAAUUACCACCUUCUUUGAUUGCAUACAUACAUACAUAUACAUAUAUAUCAAUUAAGAUCACACAAUAAACAUGGCAUGUAAUUUAAUCCACAAUAUAUUUUACCCUUGUUAAAAAGA